AUGAGAGUGUAUGGACCUAAAUCCGGUGAACGUAUUGAAGAUAGCGCGAUAGUAAAAUAUCAGGCAACAGAUUCUGCAGGCAACCCAUCUGAUAUUUGCACAAUAUAUAUCACCGUUACAGCAAUUACCUGUGGUCCACCUCAAAAUGUGUUAUAUGGAACAUUUGCUUGCAUCGAUAUUAUGUAUAGGUAUGAAAGUUUAUGCAUACUUGAAUGUGCCAGUGGAUAUUCAACUGAUAGUGCUGUAUAUGCAAUAUGUCAAUCAAGUGGCGAAUGGCAUUUCUCUUCAAAUAACAGUUGUAAAGAUAUUGUUCCACCAACCAUACUUAACUGCAAGACCUACCAGACAUUUUACACUGAUCGUGGUUUGGAUACUGCACAAGUAAUAUGGAUUAUUCCGACUGCAAUUGACAACAUAGACAACCCUAGUGACAUCAUCAUUGAACAGAUAUCAGGUCCUGCAAUAGGCUCUAAUAUCAACAUAGGCACGACAGUGGUUGACUAUAGAGCUGUUGAUACGUCUGGAAAUCCAUCAAUCGUGACAUGCUCUAUUACGAUUAAUGUUGAAGCCAAAGUAUGUCCUCUGAAUCUAACAAUUCCACAAAAUGGCUUGCUGUCGUACACAAAUGAUAAUCAACCGGUUGUGUUCGUUUUAUGUAACGAAAACUAUGAUUUGCCGUAUGAAUUUAAUGGACUUAUCCUGUGCCUUGAUUCUGGACUAUGGAGUACCGACGAAGUUCCAGAUUGCACAAGUACUCGUCGUCCAGGAAUCAACAUUUUGCCUGUUUCGUUUUACUACUCUGUAGAUUGUAACGCACAGUCUGAGACAUCUAUUAAUGCGAUACAAGACCAAGUUUUCAUUCUUCUAGAGGAUUACAUUGGAACUGCCCUUGCACCUGAUUGUCUUGCUGGUUCAACGUGUACUUACGAUGAUCUUGUAGUUCAAUGUGGUUCCACUAGCAAGAGAAAGAAAAAAGAUAUUCAUGAUGAUAAUUAUCGUUUUAAAAGAGAAGUGUCCGAACUAUUCGUCAAUUUUUCAUUGAUUGUCACCGGAUCAGUUACAAAUUGGGAUGAACUAUUGAUGUAUGAGGACUUUCUAUUUCAAAUGUCUGAUCAGCUUGAAAAUGAUGUAUCUGUCGGAGUAUUUGACUUGAAUGAACUUCAGGUUGUCCGAAAUUCUUUUUUCAGGGAGCAGUUUUCUAGUACUAAAUGUGAGGGAAGCGGUCAAGUACAAUCUGCUUUUCAAUGCAAAACAUGUGCUGCCGGUAUGUUUCUUGAAGAUGAUGACGGAGUAAAAAAUUGUAGGAAGUGUCCAAUUGGCACUUAUAUGGAAAAUGACGGUGCUUCAUCAUGCAUAUCAUGUCCUCCCGGCACAAGUACAAAUAAAACUGGAUCUAAAUCAGCUGAUAUGUGUGUGGAACUGUGUCCCAUUGGCUAUUCAUCGUUGACUUUGGUAAAGCCGUGUACUCCUUGUGCCAUUGGCUUUUAUCAGAACGGUAUUGGUAAAGCUUUAUGUCAAAAAUGCGAGUUUGGAAAAACAACAUUCAAAGUAGGAUCACAUAACUGCAGUCCGUAUGACAUUGUUCUCAGUUCACAAAGUUCAGAAGUAAUAGCAUCAGCAUUAAACACAGCGGAUGUCAUGGAUGAAAUGACUGUACUAUUUUGGUUAUUCAGAAGAAGUGGGUCUGAUUUUAGUUUACAUUUUGAGAACAACGUUGUAAUUGAAGUUUCUGGACAGAGCUUCAUCAUCUAUUGGAAUAGUUUAUCCAUUAUUGUACUGUUACCUGAAUCCUCAUUUGAUAUGUGGGCGCAUUUUGCUGUUUCAACAUCAAACACUACAGUUCAUUUCUACUACAAUGGUGACAUGAUUGAUACCCAGGCGAUGAUCUCUCCAUUAACAUUACCAACAAAUGCUUAUCUUGAACUAUUUACCAACGGAGAAAAUGAAAUGUUCUUGAAUUCCCUGGCUGUAUAUAGACAUGUCCUGGUAGCUGAUGAGAUUACAAAUCAUCGAUCUUCAUGUGGAUGUGAUAUAUCAGCAGCUGACUUUACAUCGGACGAUCUUGUCACUGGCAAUUCUGUCAUUCAGACUGAACCAUCUUCUUGUGCAGCUACCAAUUUCUGCGCUGAUGAUCCAUGUGGCCAACAUCUGUGUACAAACACACAGUCUGGCUUUCUAUGCUCGUGCUCUGGUGGAUUCAUGGGAACACGAUGCGAAUUACCACCUGACAAUUGUGAAGUACAUGAGUGUCAAAAUGAUGCAACAUGUCUCAGUGGCAGUCAUAACUACACGUGUUUAUGCAAACCUGGAUAUCGUGGAGUCUUUUGUCAAACUCCACCAAUAAAUGGUGGAUGGAGUCCUUGGAUAAGCUGGGGAGAAUGUACAUCAAGUUGUGACGGAGGUGUGAGGCAGAGAAACAGAGCAUGUGAUAAUCCUAGUCCAGGGCAAUAUGGCAAACAUUGUGUUGGUGAUAUGAUCGAGCACAUACAGUGUAAUAUAGAUCCAUGCAAUAUUACUAGUCCGUGUUUAAGUAAUCCGUGUGAAACACACAGGUGUGUAGAGAAGUCAGGUGGUUUUUUAUGCAUAUGCAGUCCCGGCUACACUGGUGAUCUAUGCCAAACCCCGAUUGACCACUGUGAACCAAAUCCUUGUGAAAACGGAGGUUCAUGUCAAAAUGGGGCGAACAACUUUACAUGUAUUUGCCCUGAAUCAUUUCAAGGGAAUCUAUGCGAUGAAGAAACUAUUCCCUUAUCAUACUGGACGACAUGGUCAAAAUGUACAGUUACCUGUGGUGGCGGUGUUUCUAUCAGGUCACGUGUCUGUCCGCACAAUAUCGGUUGCAAUGAGCAUAUAGAGUCAAGAGUGUGCAAUAACGCUUCUUGUGUAGUUGAUUUCUGCCAGUCAUCGCCUUGUGGUACUAACCUUUGCGUAUCAAGUGAAGAAGGGUUUAAGUGUACUUGCGAUGCUGGUUUUACCGGUGUAAGAUGUGAUACUCCUGUAGAUUUUUGUGGCGAAAAUAGUUGUGAGCACGGACAAUGUAGCAAUAAAGCAACCGGAUAUGAAUGUAUAUGUGAUAAAGGAUAUAAUGGACAUCUCUGUGAUGUUCUAGAAGAAACUGCUGGUUGGGGUUUAUGGACUGAAUGGAAUGCUUGUAGAUCUAUAUGUGGUUUAGGACAAAGACAAAGAAACAGAAUGUGUGAUAAUCCACCUCCUUUACAAGGUGGUGAAACAUGUGACGGAGAUGAAGAAGAAACAGAAGCAUGUUAUACAGACUGUUAUGAUGCAUGCUCAUCUAAUCCUUGUGGAGACAUACACAAAUGUAUAUCUGAUGGUACUGGGUAUGAAUGCCAAUGUAAAGACGGAUACACAGGUUUAGAUUGCUCAUUAGCACCUGAUUAUUGUCAACCAAACCCUUGUGGAAACUCUGGUAAUUGUGCAAGCACGUCCGACGGUUUUAUCUGUACGUGUGUUGAUGGCUUCAGUGGACCUACGUGUGAUAUCUUACCAGAUAAAAGUGUUUGGGAACCAUGGUCAGGGUGGAGUCUAUGCAGUUUGACAUGUGGUAAGGGAGUACAAAGUCGUCAAAGGGAAUGUAAGCUUGGUACCAAUGGAAAUGAGUGUUCUGGAUAUAACACAGAGGAAAGAGUAUGUGAUGAAGAUUCGUGUCCAAUAUGUCCGUUGUUAAAAAGGACAUAUGGAAUGGUAAAAACGUGUGAAAAAACCGAAGAGGUGACCACUUGUACACUGAGAUGUCUUCCUGGAUAUUUUCCACCAAACAGUACAUAUAGCUCAGAGAACUGGACAGUUGUUUAUCAAUGCAGUCCAUUCUCCUCCUAUACCUGGAAUACAACUGCUAUUUCACCAACAUGUACAAAAACAUCCGGUCGUCCACGCCGCAUUGAUGCUAGUGCUUCAAUGGCGAUUUCCCCGCAACUUUCUUGUGGAAAGUCGUCUGCGUACGAAAUUUUUAUACGAAAUCUCGUGUAUGGCUCCAUCUGUCUGGGUGGGAUCAGCUGUAAAGUCAUCGCAGACGUAACUCAAUGUGGCAACAGGAAAAGGCGCCAAACAACCGCAGAUAAUAGCGAGAUUACAUUAACUUUUGCGUUUGAGUUCGACAAUGAAACUGACUCUGGUAACAUCAAUAUGACAGAAUACUGGGAUGCAAUUGAAGAUUCUCUAUCACCAUUAUCAACAAACUCUGGUGACUGGUUGUCCAUUGUAAUAGAUGGUGUAACAUAUGUAGCAGAUACAGCGAAUAUAACCAAAGGAGCGAGUCUUGAAUGUAGUAGUGGAUACUUUUUACAGGAUGAAUAUGACAUUUGCGUUGGUUGUUCUCCCGGCACAAUGUAUGAUGCUAGACAUGGUUACUGUAUCUCGUGCCCGUUAGGGACUUACCAGGAACUCGCAGCCCAAAGCUCGUGUAUAUCAUGUCCUGAUGGCUACACGACAAACAUCACUGGCAGCUACGAUCAGUACGACUGCUAUUAUACAGAGAGGGCAGCUAACAAUGGUGACGUUGAGGGUUUCUAUGACGUUAUUGGUGCAGUACUAGGAUCAUGUUUGGUUGUUAUUCUUGUUGCGGUUUCUGUCGCAGUUAUAGUCAAGGUGAAAAGGGUACAUCUGAAAAACAAAAUCCACGAUUCGGCUGCAGAUAUGAUUGAGAACAGACGGCAGUCACACGAGGAGAUGAGGUCUCGACUGAAAUCAAUUGCCAGUAUUCAGAGUACAUCACAUAUACCAGUAUCCGUGGAAGAUAUUAAAUAGAUUUAACAGUUAACAAAAAAGAUAGGACGCAUAUCGUGUUUAGAUACUAAUAGAUUUUUAUUAUUUUGUUGUCGACAAAAAAUCAGUUAUGGUGGUAUGAAUACUAUUUUUUUUAUAUUGAUUCCAAACACCAUGAAAUCGGAGGGUCAUUCAUAGUAUUACCUUUGUCCAUGUUUGUAACUGCGGGCAAAUGUGCGAGUCCGAAAAAGUUCAAUAUUACAAUAAGGGAUUUAACUUAGUAUAUUGAUAACGUUUUUUCUUAAGUUUAGCAAGGUCUUAGAAAGUAUCAAAGUUGUUCACUUCAAACGCAGCUAUUUCACAAACAAAUGUGCACAAUGUUAAAAGGGCAUAAUAUUAUAAUCGUAAAACGAAUUUUGCAAAAUAACGCCUCCCUUUUUUGGCUUACUUUUUUUUAAAUAUUUUUAUGCCCUUCUUAACUGUUUUUUAGUCUAUUCGAAAAAAAAAAAAAACAAUUAAAGGUACUCACUUCAAAGUAGGAAAAGUACCAAUGGUUUUAAAAUAAUUUUCUGAGAUACAUGUAUCACGAUUGUUAAACAGUUCUAAGUCACAAUAUACUAUUUGUAUACUACAUCAUAAAAUACAUGUAUAACAAGAGCAUUGAAUUGAAGUUUGUACACAGAAACUCGUACUUUAACAUUUUUUAAAGUUAACUGAAUUAUGGACAAAUAUUGCAGGACAUUUCUCUCCUUCACGAAGAAUGAAUGAUAAUGGUCUCUGUUGUAUUUGAAAAAACUAGAUGUAAUUUAAAGGCCCAUUUAUAAAAAAGAAUCAUAUUAUUUUUGGUGCCCUUUUACGGUUUUAUUGACAACUCCACCAACUUUUGCUUAUUUAGUACAGCUAUCAUGUUUAUGUAAUCUGCAUGGAAUACUACUUUGUUGCAUUUUCCUACUUUUUUGACAAAUUAUUUAACAUCCAGUGCUUCUUUCUUCAGAUGAUACAUGGAACUGCCAAACAUGUUCUAAAUUCGUUAUAUUAGGAGCAUAAAACACACGUUUGACUAUUCUGAAAAAGGAAAAAUGUACUCAUUUCUUAGCGUUAAUGUGCUUAGUUUUCUUGUUUUGUUAUUUACUUUGCUUUAUUGUAUAUUUUGUUAUAAUGUUCUUGCAUAUAAUUAACUAGUUUUUUUAUUACUCUUUCUAUUUGCUUCAGAUUUAUCGUAGUUCCGUCCAAUAAAUGUAGCUUUAGCCAAAAAAUAGAAAUAUUCAGUUAAAAGUUUAAUUAAAUAAAGGUAUUUCGUUAAACUGUUAAGUUGUUAUUGCUAUAAAAUAUACUAAUAGGAAAAAAAGUAUGGAAACACCUCGUAUAUUUAU